AUGAAACAUAACAAUGAGAUCCCCGGAUCACACUUCAGGAAGCACUGGCAGAACAAGGUUACGACAUGGUUUAACCAACCUGCUAGGAAAAUCAGGAGAAGAGUAGCGAGACAAGAGAAGGCAGUGAAGAUCUUCCCUCGUCCAACCUCUGGUUCUCUCCGUCCUGUUGUUCAUGGACAGACUGUUAAGUACAACAUGAAAGUCAGAGCUGGAAAAGGGUUCACUCUUGAAGAGCUUAAGGCUGCUGGUAUUGCUAAGAAGAUGGCUCCAACGAUUGGAAUUUCUAUUGAUCACCGUCGUAAGAACCGUUCCUUGGAGAGUCUUCAAUCUAACGUACAAAGGUUAAAGACUUACAAGGCCAAGUUGGUUGUGUUCCCUCGCAGAUCACGUGUUGUCAAGGCUGGUGACUCUACACCAAAGGAGCUUGCUAAUGCAACUCAAGUGCAAGGAGAGUACAUGCCUAUUGCUAGAGAGAAGGUUGCGAUGGAGCUUGUUAAGGUGACUGAAGAUAUGAAGGCAUUCAAGGCUUACGACAAGAUCCGUUUAGAGCGCACUAACAAACGCCAUGCUGGUGCCAGAGCCAAGAGAGCUGCUGAUGCUGAGAAAGAAGAGAAGAAAUAA